ACUGCCGCCGAAAACGCAGAAAAAAGAUGUUUAAUGUGCAGCUAAGAAUACUCUACAUAAUGUGCUUAAUAACAACUUUGAAGGGGACCCUAAAAGAAGCCCGCAAAUCUGGCAAAAUAUACAUACAACAAUGGCGCACCUAUGACCCGGCGUCUCACCUGGUAGGAAACAACCCGGGAGAGUUCGGUGGAUUUGCCCGGCGUCUUUCCGAUGAGGAAUGGUUGCGGUUUGAAGCAGAAGAAAGAGCUUUCCGAAAAACCCUAGACACAAAGCUGAUCGACGAUAGACAGAGGAUAACAUAUACUGGAACAGACCCGACACAGUGGAAUAAACUCAUGGCGAUCCUAAACGGAAUAUACCAUAAAAAUGGCACGUUUUCUGCGCAUAAUCGAAACGGAAGACCUUACGGAAUACCUCUUCUCAAAUAUACAGUGAGGAUUCUCAACAAACUGCCGAAUACUGACAAACCCCCAACAGACAGAACACCGGAGGCUCUGACAGAGUGGAUAGAGAAACAGUUCCGCUUUAUGCGCGAGGUCAUUCAACCAGCGCUCAACAGAACAACGAGAACGCAGCAGAAAAGGCUCCCCAGAAAGAAACUCCUUUAUCCAGGUGAUCUGUGGAGACCAACUGACUAGACCAAUCCAACUAAGAACUGGCAUCAAGACAGGCUGCCCAUGGAGCGCAGUAAACUUUAUCCUAGCCCUUAACCAGUGGCUCAAAUGGCUGUGCCUCUGCUCCUCCUCGCAUAUCAGA